CAGGCUCCCGAGACCAACCCAGAGAUCCUCAUGGGUGAAAGCCCCAGGGAAGAUGCGCUUGUGUCCUCCCCAAACCGAGGAAAGCCCCGAGCGCUCGUUUUCCAAGGGCCGCUGGAGUCGAGAAGGGUGGAGCCCCUGGCUCUGGUGCCGGGCAGCGAUUCUAAGCUGGGGGCACCGCGCGGCGUUGGCACUGGAAUUAAAAUGUCAUCAUGGGUCAAAGUUACCAGGGGUCAAGUUCAAAAGCCUGUUGUGGAUAAAAGGCGUAGACCCGGAUGGAGUCCACACCUUCUGGAUAUGAAUCCUUACAAACCAUACCAGAAGAGUGUUUAUUCUCCUCCAGAUGGUUAUUCAAAGGACUUUGAAGAUCUUAAUAGUUUUGAAGAACUACUUGGGCAACAGUAUGAUUAUUCAGCAGGGAAUGAAGAUCACUAUGAGCGAUAUCAGUAUUCCCAAAAAGAUGACGACUACACCAGGGAUGAUCGUAGGGAGAAGCUAUACCUGCAGUUUUACCAACAGAUACAGAAAGAAUAUGAUAAAAAUAGACCUGCUGACUGUGUCAUUGUUGCCAUCAGCAAGGAACAAACGGAAUAUUCAACAGCCAUAGGCCAUCGGUUGCAGGAUCAUGGCCUUGUGGUGGAAAUGAUAUACCUUACAUCUGAGUUGGGUCUCACACGCGCACUCCAAGAAGUUAAAAAUGAUGGUUCCCCAUUUUGUAUUCUUGUUGAACAGUCAAAUGUAGCACUUUCCUCUUGCACCGCAAUCAUGCUUCAUGAGUCUAUCAAAAUACACCGUAAUAUGCCCAUGGAGGAUGCAUUGGCUCUGGUAGCUAAAGCAUUUGGGAAAAUUUUUGCUGAGCGCGAGCAGCAGGAGCGUACCGAGAUUUCACACAAAGCAGCUGAUCUGGCGGAUGACUACCUAGAACGGGAGCUCUAUGAGAGUUACAGUGUGCCUCUGGGCAUUAGACAUCUUCUCUUUCUGUUAAGUGAGGGAAAAUAUUUAUAUCGGGAGGAGUUGAACUCAAUAAGUGACUACCUGAAGACCAGGAAAGAUGAGCUUGAAGGCCUUGUUGAACAAACUAAUCCUUCCACUGAAGUUGAUGACACGCUGUAUCAAGCAAAUGUGAGGCCAAGUACAAGCACUGCCACCCAUACCUUAAGUAAACCUCCUCCUCUUCUUCCAACACCAAGCAGGAAUGCUCUGUUAGGCCUCUCACCCCUUCCUCAGGUUAAACCUGCAUUGUUGGGUGAUAGGCCACCUGGGGGUCUUCUUCCAACACCAGGGAUGUCAGGCACAAAGAGUAAACCUCCACCUCUUCUAGCAGGACCUCCUAAAAGACCUGGUCUCCUAGGAUACUCACCCCAUCAGCCUUCAAAACGACCACUGCUUGGGGAGAAACCAGGCCUUCUGCCAACACCAGCUGUUCAUGUUAAACCAGUGCAGCAUCAACGGGUAGUUAAACCAAAGCCUUUGCUUAACUAAGAAGACAUCACAGAUGCCGUGUUUAAUAAUGGAAUACACCAAACCGGAUGGUGACAAUCCUGUUCCAAGACAGCAGAGAGCAUGAUAAACUUGUAAUGCUAGUGUCUGCACACUCAGACCAACUUAAAUGCAUUUCAUUUUCUGUUGCGCACAUUCCCAUGAAAACUCUUUUUAAAAUUUGAAGAAGUUCUGUUAAAAACAAAAAAAUGUUUGUGGAAGGUCAGUAUUGCAGAUUCAUAAUUUGUAAGGUUGUUUUCUUUCGUGACUAUUUAAAUAUCUAUCUGUUUUACUAAACUCAUCACUGAUUGCUUGUGGUAAAAUUUCACCUGACUCUUCUGUCUAAUCAUUUUAUAUGUAGGUACAGUUGGACUUAAUUUGGUACUCGUUCUGGGCAAGGCUGAACAAAACUUCUUUUUCUUGUUAAAAACAAAGUCUGUGGGGUGGUGGGAUCUGCUGUGCAUUUACAUUCAAAGUGUUCUCUACUCUCUCUGCAGCUUUCUUAACAAAGGUGAAGACACUCUGAACAUACCUCAACUCCAUAUUGGAAGUGUCUUUUGCUUAGCUGACUUCUAAUAGUUUUGAAAUAUUUUUUAAAUGAGAUCAUGUAUUUAAUACUGUAUUAUGCUACAAAUACUUUACCUUUUCCUUCUCUUGGAAAGUCUCAAUUUCUAUUUAUAAUUUGAGGUAAAGGAGGACAAGAGAUAGAAGCCUUAAGAAAAUGUGCUAAGUAUACUCAUAAAUUUAUUUUAGGUAAAUGAUGUUGAAGUCUACUUUAAUUUUUGUUGUUCCAUGCAAGCCAAUAGUGUACUAGAUCCAAUUUAAUUUGGAGCUAUAAAAUUACACUUUUAUAAAUAUUAAAUUUGGACACCCAUUCUACUGUGUAGUUUUAAUUAACACAUGAAAAAUAGAUGAUUUUCAUGUGCCAGCAACCAAGGCUAACUAAUAACACACUGGUAAAGUUCAAAAAGUUCUAGGGAUACUGUAUUUAGUCUGAAUUUGUGGAUUUCCAUUUCCUUUCCCCUGUGUGCAUGAAUCCUACACAGGAAAAACUGUUAAAUUGACUGCACAGAGAGUCCUUAGUACUACUCACUAUAACUAAAAUUUUACUUUUUUAAAUCUGUUGUUAUCAUAAGUUAUCACUUUGUACAGUAAUAGAUAAAAUGCUUUUUUAGACAGGAGUGUGACAUUAAAUUGGUCAGAAUAAGAGCCCAGGAAAACAUGGAUUGGAAAAAAAUAUAUAGCUUUUCUGGCAAUAUUCAACAUAUCUUCAGAAAUGACUUCAGCCCAUUUAAUUCCUACUGAUGUAUUUAUUUUGUUGCUAACUGAGGAUCCACAACAUUAAUAAAAUUGUCCUCUCAACACCCAUGUAGUAUUAGGAUAUUACACAGAUGAGGCUCUAAGGUACAAAGUAAACAACUUCCCCGUGGUCACCUGUAAAGUCUUGUUAGAAUUAGUAAUUGAACCAAAUCCCCUUGAUCGCCCAGAUAGUGUAUUUUAAUAACAAGAUCAUUCUUUCUUAAAGGAUUAAAAGUGGGUAGUCUAUAUUCAUUAAGACUCUGAUCUUACUCCUGUGAAAACCAAUGGAAGUGAGACUGUAAAAGAUGUGUAUUUGUAUUGAGAGAGACACCUCAAUGGAAAAAUCUUAAUAGAAGCAAGAUACUGUAGUUCUUACCUGAGUGGAGUUUGUUGAGGUAGUACCCUGCUUUGCCUCCAACAGGCUAUUACGCUGAAAGAGUAAGUUACAUUGAAAUAUCAGGUUUGCUAUUGCAAUGUAAACCCAGAGGAUUUUUUCAGUGAAAGAGCUUUAGUGGGUGAAGCUGAGCUGCUGCUCUAACAGACUCAACACAUUAAAGUAGUUUGGAUCCUUGCUUCCUUUACAUUGCUAGUGCAGGCUCUUAAACUGUUUUAAACUCAAUUACGCAAGAAGAAAAGUGGUUGCUUCUGCCCUUAAUGGAUAUCUGGCAAUUGCAAUGGUAAAAUACUACUUAUUUUUAAAUGAAUUAAAUCAAGGCAGAACUUUUUUAUUAAAAGAUCAUUAACAAACAUUUACUGUAAUGCAAACUGUAUUAAGACAAAGGCUAAAAGUAAAUCAGGUUAAGCUGAAACAUUUUGUAAAGCAUUUCUAAGAUCUUAAUAGGUGUAUAUUACCCAGGACUCUCAUUUUAAAACAGUUGGAACUGUUUCCCUUCAGGAAAGUAGGGUCUAAUAGCUGAAGAACAAGGCAAGAAGAUAGAUCAGCCUUCUUUUCCUAAUAUCCCCCCAGUAGAUGGUAUAGUAAGGCUUCAGUGAGGAUUUUGAAAGUUUUGGAGAUUCUUAAAUAGGAUGCUUUGCUCAUCUGUGGUGCCUAAUGUACCUGCCAAAGUUAAUGCAGGCCAUCUUCCCCAAACACCGAAGCAGUGCAGGAAAAUUUGUUAUUCUAGGUAUAUGUGUAAAUUGAACCAAACCUGGACUGCACUUUUGAAAGAGAAAUUAAUUUCCAGUUGUUUUAUUGUAAUGCUAACUUGUAAGUCAGCAAGUAGCUUUUUAGAGGCUUUUAAAAACCUUUGCUUUAUGUUGCUUUUAAAAACCUUUUAAAAUCCUGUAUGCUGGUACAGGAUCCACAUAGCUUCCAUUCUGGGUUUUUUUAAAGCGCUAAUUAUUUUGGUAACAGCAAUUGUUUUAAUUUCGCUGGAAAAGCUUUUAAGUUGACCAGUAUUCUUUGUCCUUUACUUUCAAACUUUAACAUAGUUGAGAAUAAAUUAUAACAGGCCCAUUGCCAGUUAUCAGAGACUCCUCUGGUUAUAUUGUAUAAAUUGGAUAUUAAUUGUUAAAUGUAUUCUGUUCAGCUUUCCAUUCUAGUGACAUCCUAGAUGCAGUUUAUUUUUCUGAACAGUCACUAUAAACUGGACUUGGGAGCAGAAAAAAAGUCAGGUGAGAUUUUAACCAGAAAUUUAAUUUAGUGCUAGAGGAAAAGUGAAAGUAACUUUCACAUGAAUUUCAAGCUAAUAUGGACAUUGUGUUUGCAUUUAUUUGAACACUUUUCAUGCCAUCACUUUUAACGCCAUCACUUUUCACACCAUCACCAUCAUUUGACUUCAGUGUUCCUGAGCUGCCCUAGGGACUCUUGAAUUUGUGUUCCGUCAUCUCACAAAACUGCAUUUUGCUUCCUACUCGUCUUAAUUUUUAGCUGAAUUUGCUUUUCUAGUACAUCUGAAUUAUAAUUGCUUCUCAAGUACAUGCCCACAUCAGGUUGAUCUAUUCACUUCUCAGCUUGGCUACUGAAGUAAGGCAGAAGUCCUGUGGGUGAAGCCAAGUUUUCUUCCUAGUUCAGAGUUCUAGCAAAUAACACUAACUUUAGGGAACAGAUGUUAAUUUUUUUAUUUGCUUGACUUCAUUUAAUAUUAGAGAAGGUGCUACAGAUAUUUUUGACAUUGACUGACUUUUUUGCUUGUUUUACAAAAAAAGAUGUCCCUUUGGGAUGAAGGAUCUCGUUUUUCCCCUUUUGCAGUUAACCUAAUACAGCAUUAGAUUGUGAUGAAUUCAGAACUGUUCUAAUGUUUGAAUAGCAGCUCCCGUGAGAAAUUGUGGGGACGGAGAGUGAGAACCAUGGCCUCUGCCCAAAAUAAAUGGAAGAGGGGCUGCCUACUGAGCUCCUUUGAAAGAUGGUAGAAGUUGCAAAGAAAACUACCAGGGUGAGAGCAAACCCAUCAUCCCUUCCAGUCUCACUAAGGCUAUGGUCACACAAACAAGUUACUAAUGGGCAGAAAAGGUAGGGCUUUUACCAUGUGUCAGCUGCUCUGUGGUAACUGCCCGUGUGCAUCUCCCUGCUCUGUGGCAGAUGAGACAUAACACACGGAAGAUUAGCUAUCCUAUAGAGCAGUGAUUCUCAUUCAGCAUGCUGUUGCACACUGGCAUGCCAUGGGAUACUUUUAAGGGUCCUGUGGGGUGCUGCACAGUAUUAGCACUGUUAGGUGUGCAAUACCUACACAUGAUUUACAGAAUAAACCCAUAAGAUUCCAAAUAGAAAUCCAUAGUGUCAAAAACAUUCUGACCUAUUGUGGUCUUUCUGAGUUCUUUGCAACAGAGGAAUUGCUUUGUUACUUUUUUUAAGUUGAGAAUCACGUGAAAGCUAAGAGCUGGCAUUUUUCAAGGAGUACUUAGUCUAAUGAGGUUGAGAACCUCUGUUAUACAGGAGUCUAGACCUUAUACUAGGACAGGAGUGGUACAGAGACUUGAGAUGCUGAGAUUUCCUUGCAGUAACAGAUCAAAGAGUUUGUAGGAGUUUAGAGAGAACCCAACAGGGUGAAUGAGGAAGCAGGUCACUUCCUGCCCUGCCCUCAACUCUUUGUUUAUUAAUAGGCAGCUGGUUGUCUGCAGGUGAAAGGUAUACAGCAAACAUCAGUAUUUUAAGAGGAAAAAUCAGGAGGAUUUUGGCAUAAUCCCAAAGGGAAGUGGUUCAGACUUAGAAAACUUGGAGGUAAGGUUAAAUUGGGCUCUGGGAAUGAAUUAGGCACUGUAACAGCCCCUCUAAGUGAUACCAUGUAAGAACAAUGCAAUUAUAGAUUCAUAGAUAUAGGGUCUUGAAGGGACCUUGCAGAUCUUCUAGUCUGACCCCCUGCCCUGGGCAGGAGAGAAAACUGGGCUCAAAUGACCCCAGCCAGGUAAUUGUCAAGCCUCCUCUUAAAAACCCCCAAGGUAGGAGCCAGCACCACUUCCUUAGGAAGUUGGUUCCAUAUCCUAGCUGCCCUGACUGAAGUAGUGCCUUCUAAUGUCUAGUCUGAACCUACUCUCUAACAACUUAUGGCCAUUCCUUGUUACUCUGGGAGGCACUCGGGGGGGAACAAGGUCUCUCCCAUUCCCCACUGUUCCCCCCUAGUAAGUUUAUAGACAGCCACCAGGUCCCCUCUCAGCCUUCUCUUGUGACGGCUAAACAGGUCCCGUAGCCUCUCCUCGUAAGGUCUGCCCUACUGUCCCCAGAUCACACGAGUGGCCCUCCUUUGGACCCUCUCAAUGCUGUCCACAUCCCUCCUGAAGUGCGGCACCCAGAACUGGACGCAGUACUCCAACCAGUGUCACAUAGAGAGGGAGGAUCAUCUCCUUGGCCCUUCUUGAGAUGCAUCUGUGGAUGCACGACAAGGUACCGCUAGCCCUGCUGAUCGUGUCCUCACAUUGGCAGCCCAUGUUCAUCUUGGAAUCGAUAAUGACUCCAAGAUCUCUUUCUGCCUCUGUGCUUUUGAGAAGAGAGUUCCCUAGCCUAUAGAUAUGCUGCUGGUUCUUACUGCCCAAGUGCAGCACCCUGCACUUGUCGGUAUUGAAUCCCAUCCUAUUCUCAUUUGCCCACCCCUGCAACCUGUACAUUAUGAUUAAUGUAUGAUUGUGUUUGCAGCCCUGACUUAGAUUAAACUUAAUUCCAAUUUUUUUUAAGUUCAGUUUUUGUAUAUUUUUCUCCUCAUGGUGUCACUAUUGGUUGCAGUUUUAAAACUGUGACAGUCUUGGCAGUAGGGGGCUUUACAUGGAUGAAAACCAACCUGUGUGGAUUGUUUCUGGAGAUGAGGGAGGAGGAGGGUUCUUUAAGUGGGUCAGUGUGGUUGAGUGGGAAUGUAGGAGGUCAGGUGGCUGCCAGGGAUGUAGAUGGGAGGAAGGAAAGGCCUCCAAAGAGGGAUAUCUUGUCUUGUGACAUGUGGUCUGUGCAUUGAGCUGAAAUGGGCAGUGCAGUUCUACUGUGCCUUAAGGGAGGACUGCAGGGGAAGCUGUUUAGAUGCAGACAUGGCACUCUGGCCCAGAUCCUCAAAGGUGUUUUGUAAAUAUGUUUUAGUAUCCAGAACUUAGGGACUAGUCUCCUGUGUCUUUUUGCCUAGAAGGGCUCUUUAUGAGCCUGCAAUUGGUUGUCAGGGUCAGUUUAUGAAAGAACAAUAGCAUGGAUAAGAGUGGAUGUUUGGGAGGGUCCCAGCUUACAGAGGUUUGAAAAUCAUUUACAAUAAAGAGUACAUAAAAGAGCUUAUUUGUCUAAUGCUUGUGCUCCAACCUCCAGGGUAUGUGUUUCAAAACAAAGCUAAACAAAACCCUGGCGUUCACACAGGCUCCUGUUUGGAUGUGCCACAGCCCACCCCUGCUUCUACAUCCCUGUGCAUAGGAAUACUAGUCUUUUACACAUUUCCAGACCUUUGCAGUCCUGUAAUGGUAUUUGACACCAUGGACCACAACUCUAUAUAUUAAUAUGUAGGGAAGCCAUACUUGGUAAAAUGGCCUCUGUGAUAAAUGUGUUUGUAGUCUCAGUAACUGUAAACUACAAUAAACUGGUUUCAGUUAACAGAGUUACGGUAUGAAUGUGUUAAGUGUAACCUAAAGGUGAGGAAAAUGGGUUUGUUCCCAUUUUCUGCUUCUUUGUAGCAUAAAAAUUAUAAACCUGAUAUUUCUUAAUGUAAGCAGCAUUGCAUUUGUGUUAUGUUAGUGGAGGAAAACCUCCAAGAAUACACACAGCCCUCCCCCCAGUCAAAUGAGUUGUAUGAAUCACAAAAAAGAAAGAAAAAGGGGGGCUACUUUCCCUUCUUUCUAUUAAAGUCAUAUUUAAAGCUGUUUGAAUGGGAAGCAUGAGUAAACAAGUUAAGAGUUUGUUUCCUUUCAUCAUGCCUGUUAUGGCAAUAAACAAGUCUCUGAACUUUUGUGAGACACAUGUAUGUUGAAAAAUAUAUUUAUAGUUUAGUGUUUUGUUUUACUUCUUACAAGAAAGUGACAGUAUUUGCUUUCACUUAUUAAUGCAUGAGGAGACUUUUGUAAAUAAGCCUAUUAAUGUUUUAAAUACAUUUUUGUUAAAUAUUUUACUAAUUCUGCCUUCUUCCUCAAAUUGUUUUUGUGCAGCCAUCUAUCGUGGCUAAUCAACUAUGGGAUAAGUGCACAAAAUAUAUUUUUUAAUUUUGACAUGGUUAAAAAACAGUAAUUAAAACUGAGCUCUUUCAAAGAUUAAAAAAAAACAAAAACUGCAUGGGUAAUGAGCAGGAAAUACUUUGACAUGUUGUUAUAAGUUAAUUAUGUUGUAUGGUGCUUGAUUUCCUUGGGUUGUAGACUAAAUUAAAUGGUGUGAGCCCGAAGUCCUUAUGCUUUCUUUUGUACUCAUUCGUGUAUUGUAAACUUCCUGACAAUGUUUGUAAAAGUAAAUAUUUUAUUGUGUAUUUUU